CGCUUUCCGGACAUAUUUACGAAAAGCCUAUUUGACGGAAGGUGGGGAUCAUUACGGCAAUUAUCCCCCUGAUGAUUAUACCUUCAUAGAGCGAGAGCAUUGGGAGGAGUUUCUGAUCCAGAUGGGGACUCCGGAAGCUAAGGCUUUGAGCGAUAAGAAUAGGGAUAUACAGAAGAAGAAUUCCUAUCCGCAUUUUAUGGGCCGAGGUGGAUAUGCCAUGCUUUUGCGUGAGUUGGCAGUUGGUUCUCAGGCCAACACUAGUACUUCUGCUGAUAUCGCUGGUUCGUCUACAGAGAAGAGUUCUCAGCUGGGACGAGAGGACACUUGGUUGCGAGGUCACACCCCGGGGAGGCAGGCAGAAGUUACGGACCCUGCACUGAUGGAGAUUCGUGAUAGGAUAGUUCAGCUAAAGAAAGAGGUCGCAGUCGGUACCUUUGUUCCAAAUGGGCACAAUGAUGUUCUGACUAGAGCUUUAGGGUCUGCCGAGCACCCAGGACGGACGAGGGGUGUUGGGUCAUAUUCGGGCUUACGUAAAGUUUUUAAUGGCAACAUGAAGCCUCGUAAGCCCGAAGGUAACUAUUUGACUGAGGAUGAUCUUUUGCAGCGUCUUCCUUCCCUUCUACAGCAGUAUGUACUAUCUGUGUCCGGGAGUGCUCCAGAAGGGGCAUCCAUGUCGCAGCACACACCGUCUGUACCACCUCAUUAUGAGCUUCAGCGUAGUAGCAAGGCGUCUACAGAUUUUGUUGACGUCGCCGGUGUCACUGAGGUUUCUCCUUGUUACUUGAGGAUCUCUGAUCCAUCAGAUUACAUAGUGGCACAUGGAUUGGUUUUCCCACGUGCACCGGGAGAUAUGGUGCACGGUGUUCCCCUCCUUCCCCACCAGGUUAAGGUCUCUGUGACCCUUUUGCUUCCUGGAAUGGGUGAAUAUACCAUUCCUUGUCCGACUGAGCAUAUAGAGACUGUGGCCGAUUGCUUGGGAAGCUUCGUUGCAUGGCCUAAGAUUGCCGCUGUCGUGAGCCGUUUUGACAUCCGCGACCUCGACCCUGAUUUCCACCGCCACGUCCUUGUCCUUGUCCGUCGCCUCCACGCUGACUGGGGUUGCCUUCACCAUAGCUUGUGUCGUCAUGCUGUCCGCCAUAGCUGUCGUGAGUACCGCCGUGGGUGCCGCCAUGAGGGUGGCCGCCGGCUCGAUUCAUGAGUAGAGCCGUGGUGCCCGAGUCAGUGGAGCUCGUUCAUUGUCGAUCUAGAAGCAUGAGGGCAGAACGGACCUGUAGGAACGUCGGCAUUGGAUCCUGAAAUUGCAUGAAUGAUGUUUGGGCCCGAAGAUCUGCAGGGAGUCCACGAAGCAUAUGAAGAACAAGCUGGUGUUGAGAGACUGGUGCAUCAACAUAGUCCAGCCAAUCAAAAAGAUUCUGAAGU